UUCUUUCAAUAUAAAAAUAUAAUGAAAAUUAUUUAUAUAAGUUGGAUUAAAUUUUUUUUUAAAUUAUGACUAUCAGGAAAAAAUAUCCAUCAUUAAAGUAACAAAGUUCACAAAACUAGUGAGAAAUUAUUAAAAUAUUACCACUUUAAUGAAAAGAAGACUUUUUAUUAAACAUCACAGUAAAAUCUUCCUAACGUUAAAAUGAAUGGUACUAACAUUUUUAUUAGCCCACUGGAAAAUACACAAUUCUUAUCCAUUACAAAUUUGAUUAUUAUACUGGGAGAUUUACUGCACAGCGAUACACAAUUUUCUUCACUUCAGAAUAUAUUUGAACCAAUUCCAAUGGUCAAUGCUCUUUGUGAAUUUCUAGAUAAAAAUAUUCAAAGGGAGGAUAGAAUAUUAGCUCUAGGACAUAAACUAUUACAGGAGACGGAUUAUUAUGGUUCAAAAAAAAAUGAAACUCUUCAUUUAGAAUUUGUUAAUUCAAUGCUAAAUCAUAUUAUUGCAAACACUGUAUUUUCAAAAUUUGGCAACACUUUUGGAUAUUUGUCUGCAAUAGUAAAUUCAACAAAUAAUCUCACAUUAGAAUCGAUAAAAGAAAGUACUGCAAAAAAUCUUCAUAAACAAAUAUUUUUUAGCGAUAAUGGAAAGUUUUUCACUCUCUCCAAUAUAACCAUCGCAAGAAUAACACAAAACAUUAUCUUUCCACUUUUCCCUAAACCAAAGAAGACAAUGGAAAUUAUUCAUUUCAAAUACAUAUACGCUCAAGCCGGAUGGUUAUUAUUACAAAAUGUUCAAGAAAACAUUCAUAAUAUCAGUUUUUCUAAAUUAAUUCAACUGGCACUAAACGUAGAACAAGAAGUAAUGCAAGGUAACAUAGAUCCAAGUGCGCUGCAAAUUUUUCAGCUACCUGCAUUAUUGUACUACACUCAUCACAAGAAAAAUAGUAUCAAGAGAAAAAACUUAAAAAGUAUUAUGGUAAGCACCAAUUUUUGGCAAAGUAUAUAUAGUCAAUUUUUUACAGAUUUGAAUGUGACAAUUGAAAAAAUGAGUAUUUUCCAUAAACAUAAUCCAUCUUAUCAGUUUCAAACAGCAUUUGCCAAUUUUCAAAAUCGAACUGCUCUAGCAGAGAGUAUUUUGCGAAAAAACUGUCCAAAUAUAACUAAUUAUAAAAGCAAAAUUAAUGAUUACAAAAAUAAUCCAACGGAUUAUUAUUGUAAUAAGCAACUACAGCCAAACGUUAAUGAAAUAUUCUUUAAACAAAAUAGAAUCAUUGCCGAAAAGUAUUACUACUAUGAAAAGCAUUUAAUUAACCAUGUAUUUGAUGAGGAUUUAAAAAAAUUUAUCGAUCAAACAAACGUGACAAUUAAACCGAUUAAAGAUUUUUGGAACAAUCAGUGUUUCAGAUGUGCUAUCCUCUCGGGUAGACCGAUACUAAGUGAUGGAAUAGAUUUAUUUCAAAUUAGCGACGGAGGAGAGAAGAAAAUGAUAUAUGCUUUAAUUCGUAGUACAAAUGGUAUGAAACUGGUGCCUGCUACAGAUAUGAAUUCGUUUUUACAGAAUGAAAUAGGACUAAAUACUAGGGCGAAAUUGGACAUACCUUUUAUGGCUGAAGAUAUGAAAUCCGCAUCGGAGGAUGAUAAUUUUAAUACAUUUGCAACAUACAUUGCUAAAUAUAGAGAAAAGAAAUUUUUGGCUAAUCUAAAAAGUGCAGGUUACGAGGCUACAACAGUUGAAAAUGUGGCUAAUUUUUUUAAAAAUCUGAUUCCAUUUUACUCUUGUGCUGAAGCGGUGCAGAACUCCGAUAUUACAACACACACAGCUGUUAUGGCUUGUAUCUUCGAUUCUUUAGUAUUUUUACCAGUUUUUGGACUUGGAACAUCCGCUGGUAUGAAAAUUACUUCGGCCACAAUGAGAUCAACGGCAUUAAGAUUAGGUGCACAUAUGGAGACGUUGACUUUAAAAGAAGCCUUUAAAGCUAUAAUGAAAAUUGGAUUUCGUAUUAUUGCCACUGACAUCAUUGACUCCUUCUCACAAAUAAUCACAAAGGAAUUCAUUCAAAAUUUUGGAAUUACGAUACUUCGUUCUUUGGAUCCGGGAAUUGAGUUCUCGUACAUGAUAACUAAAGCUGGUGUAAAAACGCUUGUAAAAAGCUAUAAGUUUCUGAAAAGUCAAUUUUCGGUUAAAUCUUUGGAACAUUUGAAUAGUGUCACUAGUGUUAAAAUUGGAACUUACAAGGGAUAUGAUGUACAUGUGCAGAGUAUUACCGGUAAUGAUGGUUUGGGAUUAAAAACAAUUGAUUAUCAAGGUAGAACUGUAGAAUUAAGAAAAAUUCGAGGCUAUGCUGAUGAAAUGCCUGUUGUUGUGAUUAAUAACUCAAAAAGAAAUAAUAAAUACAAAAUAAUAGAUUUAGAAACGGGGGAGCUUGGUGAAACAGUAUGGGAGGAAAAAGAUCAAAUUUUGGUUGUUACUGAUAAACCAUUAAGAUAUCAUUUGAAAAUUAUUCAAAAAGAAGGAUUUGGUGGUAGAGGUGUUUUAAAUAGUGGACUGUAUAGAAGCAAUAGGCUUAGUCAAAUUGAAGAAUUGAGAAAUUCAGCAUUAUCUUCAAUUAGAAAUGAAAAUCAUAAGAAAAUGAUGGAAGAAUUAUUAAAAUGUUAUGUUUUUAAAUAUUCGACAAAUACUGCUGAAAAUUUUGUUAAAUAUUGGUUAAAGCAUAAUAAGUUUCCAGAAUGGAGUGAAACUUAUAAAUUAGUAGACGCGGAUCUUCAUUGGAAAGUAAGAUUUGUUAGUUUUCUUGAAGAAUUGAGGUUCAACACUUUAAACAUAGUUGAUGGUGUAUUUAAUAUUUAUGGACAGCAGUAUGUGAGGGACGUAAUAAAAGUUGAUCCAAAAAUGUUGUUUAAAUUUUAUACUGAACGCAUGCUUUUUGAUUCUAUUACAUUUUAUGAUCAAUUUGCAAUUGCCAAUUAUGUAAUAUCCGGAUACAAUAGAGUAUACCUUGAUGAUUUAGAAGCUCUGCAUAUGAGACGUGCGCUUUAUACAGCUGCAUUAAGGCAAUAUGAUAAUUCUGCUGUGUUUUCUAAAUAUAUUGGUGAAUGUUUCUACACAUUGGAAUCUAAAGUUUACAGUGAUAUCUUUCCAAUAGAACUUGGUAAAAUCAUGGACAUAAAUCACUUUACGGUUUUGUCUCUUCAAAAAAAUGAGUUGCUUUCUAUAUUAGAAACUGAUAGAUAUCACCUAAAAUUAUUGCACGAAAUAAAACUUGAUCAUCAUUGUUUAGCAGUAUUUGCGAAGGAAUAUUUACCUUUUAGAACUCAAGAUGUUAUUCUUCUUCCUGGAAUUAAAUUACAAUUAAGUGAUUGGCAAUAUAAUUUAUUUCAUGGACAGUCUGUAGUUGUGUUAAAAUGGAGAAAUAUUGAUUUAGAUGAAGCCAAAUGGCUGACAGAAACAACAAAUAAAAUUAAAUACAUAAUGAAUCAAGAGCAAACUGCACUAGAACUUGAAAAGAAUAUUCUUAAUGACUUUGAUACAAAUCUAUUACCACAUUAAUUUUUCUUUGCAAAAUAUCUUAUGUUGUUUGAUUUAUUUCCAAUGUUUUAUAUUAAUAUCCAAUGCGAUGGAUUAUAAUAAUUACUAAUUUUAAUAAUUAUGAUGAUAAUAUCGAACAUUUCAAAUCAGGUUGAUUAGUAAUUUUAAUUUUAUUGUCACGAAAAUUUGUUUCAACAGAGUCACGCGGAAUAUCAGAUUCUGAGUUUAUUAAACUUUCUUAUCAGUAAAGACCAUCAAACUUUUUUUAGUAUUCUCAUUAUUCUAUUAUUUCAUGUACUGUGUAUUUAAUACUAUAAGAAUGUGUAAAUAUUGUUUUUAACGAAGCUUGACGUUAGAAUUUAUAUAAAAAUUGGUAACCAAUUAAUUAAUUAAAAUUAAUUAAUAAUAGUGAAGGACAAUGGAUUUACUUGAUUUUUACACACAUUUUUUGUAUUUAAUUUUAUUUUUUUGCAUUUUUUCCUUCGAUUUUUUGGAUCUCUGAUCACAAAUCUAAAAAAGAAUUAACUUUUUUA